AUGAAUUAUAAACACUCUGAUCAAGUGAAAAACAACAAAUCUUGGAUCAUCAAUUGUUUUUCAAAAUUGAGUUCAAAUAGUGAACACAUAUCUUCCAUACCAAUGAGAGUAGAUUUUCUAAACCACUCGCUGAACAUCUUAGCAGACAAAGUAAAUGAAUUCAUUUACCUCACGCCUGAAACAUACGUCAUGCACUUGACUCUUAAUUUAGGAAUUUUAUCAUUUGAUUCAUGUCAUCACGGAAAGUGGGUUCUAAGCUUUAGUGAUGAAGAAUCUGUAAUGGAUUGCAUCAAAACAUUGAGAAAAAAUGACAUUAAGGUGACAGACAUCCAGAAAUUUAUGUCAGAAAGAAUGCACUUGGAAGAAGUUAUUAACAAAACAGUCACUAUGGAAGGUUUCCCACAUUUUGUAGCUGAAGUGGAAAAUGCUAUAAAAACAAAACUGUUUGAUUAUUAAAAUUUAAUUUAAUCGAAAAUAAGAGAAUA